GGUUUAGCUCUUAUUCUCUACCGUAAUCUAAACCUCUUGAUUUCUUUUGAUGUAUCAUGUUAGAAUUAAACCCAGAUUGAUUGUUCCAAGAAAGAUUACAAGCUGUUUCUAUUUGACUCAGCAGUCAGCAAGGACUGCGUUUCAUUAAAUGGAACUAAUGAUCAACAGUGUGAAUUAAUCAAAACCGUCACUAUUCCAAAAAUAAUAACUAUUCCAAAAAUACGUUUGAUCUUUAAUUUAUGAAUUUAUGAUAUUAUGUGCUUUUUAACUGAAAAUUUUAAUUUUAAAACCGUAUUAAUUAUUAUGAAUUUAUGAUAUAAUGUGUAAUUUAUUAACUUUUGCUUUUAAGAUAUUUGGUUGAUCAUUUGAUGACAUACUGUAUGAGUAUACUAUUUAUUGUGUUACAUUUGAAUCUCUUUUAGAUUGUAGCUUUAUUGUCAUUCCUUGAGGAAAUGUUUAUGAAGAUUAUAAUAAGUACAUUGUUAAAGGUCAGUAUAUAUAUAUAAUAAGGAUCACUUCUUCAGGUCUCCCCUCGGCCCUCACACAACGCUAUGCAAAAUAACUGUACAUUGACCCUUCUUAAUAAUAGCAUCUGUUCGCAAAGGUAUGAGUAAAGGAAGAUUAUACAACUACGUAGAGAAGAAUAUAGCACUUGUAGCUAAAGCUCCCAGAGUUACAGUACACAACAUCCACCCCCUUGUGGAGGAACCCAAGAGACCGGUGUGGUAUGGUAGAAGAGGUAAGUGUGCUUGGCACGGUGCCCACAACUACUACGCAAGAGAACUAGGUGAUGACGGUAUGAACCCGCCAUGGUACCUCUGGGUUCCUGAACACGAGAAUAAAAAUUCGGGGAUACACUUUUCCAAGCUUAGCCUUGGUAAACUACAAUACAAGAUUGACAGAGGAAUUCUUAAUCCGGAUAAGAUCACCAUGUUUGACUUGGUGUCGCAAGAGAUUAUCAAAAUGUCAGAUGACUACUCAGGAAUUACUCUGGAUAUUCAGGGUAUUAGUAUGUUUGAAGCUAAGGUGAACAUUGAGGUAUCAAUGGCAUGCGAGAGAACAAUUGAUGCUAUUGAGAGGAACGGAGGUACCGUUUUAACAAGAUGGUACAGUGCAGGGCAGCUAGCGGAGAUGAAGGAAGGGAGAGACCCAUCAGGGGAGGUGGUGCUACCUCCUGUAGAACUGGUCCACAAGUACCUGGACCCCGAUCUGAGGGGCUACAUGAUUGGACGGGAGCACCUUUACUUCAGGAAUCUGGAGAAAGCGUCCAAAAUUCUGAAACAGAUCCGUAAAGACGACGGAACAUUACCUGUUUUUAACGACGAUGAUCACGAUGAUAUCUUGCAGGAGCGUAUAGACGCUAGAAUGAGGCGAAUCCGAGAGGGUCGGGUGUGAGACUGUUGUAUUUUCAACGCUGCAUUAAUUUUGCUUUGUGAUAUGGUUCAGAUAGAAGGUGUGAGAGGAUAGUGAUAAUGUAAAGAAAGUCGAGCGGAUUGAACUGUUUUAAACGGUGACCUAAAACAGCCAACAGAAGUUAUUUGAUUACUUUAUGAAAUUAAUUUAUUAUUUUAUAAUAUUCAUUGCGUUUUAAUCUUGUUAGCUCCAGUUCUUUUAUC